CCCUAUUGAAUUCAAAUCGCUCUCUCUUUCUCUUUCUCUCUGCAUUCGAAAGUAUUCUCACCCUAGAUUUGGAUCCAUCCAUUCAUUCAUGGCGUCCUCUUCAAUUUCUAAUUACCAACCUAAUUUGGAGAGAUCGGAAGGAGAUUCAAAAGCAAAGAAGAGAAAAAUCGACGCCGAUAAUCAGGCCGGCGAUCUAACCGAAUGCGGAACAAGAUGGAGGACUGAAUCCGAACAACAGAUCUACUCUAUGAAGCUCGUCGAAGCUCUCUGCCGGAGGACUCAGACGAAUCCUCCUUCUCCGACGAACUCCAUCAAGCGAGGUCGAAGCUUCAGGGAAACUGCCGAUACUGUCCUUGCUACAUCCGCUAAAGGAAGGACUCGAUGGAGCAGAGCAAUUCUCUCGAAUCGACUCAGCAUGAAGAGGAUACACAAACGACAUCCAAAAGUUAAAGUUGCAGGAGGAGAAAUCAUGCGGAAGAAGAAGGAAGAGGCGAUGAAGAAGAAGAAGAAGAAGUUGCCAUUGCCGCCAUUUCAGAGAAAGGUAAAAGUCUUAGAAAAUCUCGUCCCUGGUUGCCGUAACCUCUCGUUACCGAACAUUCUAGAUGAAACCGCAGACUACAUCGCCGCUCUAGAGAUGCAAAUCCGAGCUAUGAAUAUCAUCGCCGGAAUCCUAACGGCCGACGGAAACCAAAGGGCCGAUGGAACUCUGCCCAACUCUUCCAAUCCAUCAUAGAUUGGCUUUUCUCUCUCUCCUCGUCAUGCUAAACUGCAGUUUUUUUUCUUUAGAAUUUCUGUUUUUUUUUUAUUAUUAUUAUCAACCAUUUAAUUUAAUGUGAUUUUCUUAAGGCUUCCACUUAUUUUU